AUGCGAUCUUCCAGCACAUCUCUCUCGCCCGUCGAGUCUAUGCGUCUUCGACUAGACACGCUGACCGCUUUGGUCCAAGGACCUUCGGCCCAGCAACGAGCGGGCCCAUCUCUCCACGCUGCAAGUCUCGCUCUUGCGAAUCAAGCCACCUCCAGCUCAGGUGAAGAUGCGGGUGCAGGUUCAAAGGUCAACGAAAGAUCGAUCACUUCUCGCCUUUCGCAAGCCCAGGAGGCGCUGAAUGAUUCUAUCGGUGCUCACAAAUCCCUAAUGGCUUUUGCUCAAACGUUUGAUCAAAACAGACCUUGGUUGAUACCCAUCAUCGCUUUGCAGAAACGAUCCGUCGGGUCCGGUAGCGAGAAUGGAAAACCAGAGGAAGAGGGAGAACAGAAUGAUGCUCGAGACUUGGGAAAGGGGGCAGAGGAGAGGGAUGAAUGGUUGAUGCUUGGUGGGCUCGAGGAGAGGGCUACGAUUGUGAUAGAAGCGGAGAGGGACAUCAAGCAGCUCGGUCGGGACAUGGAUGCCAUCAAGGAGCUUCAACGAUUUGCCGAAGGUGGCCGUCUGGGAGGUGAGUGGGUGUGAGUGUGUGUGUAUGUGUGCGUCUAGCAAGCAUGGAGCUGCCACCUCGCUGUCAACGCGCGCUCGACGUCGUGCUCGACGUGAGUGCGCUCACAACUUUCUCUCAUCGUUGCGCGUACUCAGAACUACAAGAUCUGCGUCCAUUGCUGGAUCAACUCAUUGCUCGCUUAUCUGACGCGUCGGAGAGCAGGCCAGAGUUGGACAGCCAAGUGCUCUCACUAGUAGAUCAAUACGGAGAAUGGGUGCGUCUCGAGGGGUGGCCUUGCGCCGAUCGAAGUGCGCAUACCUCACAUCUAACUCGCUCCGCUUCUCGCACAUCUCGACACGCGGCCAGGUCCGAAUGCUGUCCAGCUUGUUUGUCAGUUGGGACGAAGGACUUUCGGAGUUGGAGAGACGCGUCACCCAACUUGAACGACAGAAAGCUGCGGCUCGUUGA